AACAGGCGCACUAGGUGUGUGACGGGUCACGAGUUCUACUCUGCUCACUGCGCAUUGCACAGAUGUGUUAAAAUAAUGGAAAACGUCCCACGUUUGUUACUGACUGCUGGUGAAAGGCUGCUUUUGAUGAGGCUCCUCACACACAGACCUGACUAAAUAGAGUUAGAGAGAUGUGUGUGUCAAUAGAGUUUCAAAAACAUUGGCUCCUGCUGCAGUAGCAUCUUUGAAACUGGAUCCACCCACAUAUUUGUGUCUCCAUCAUGACGCUGGUGGGAGGAGCGGGCACUGUGGCGCGACAGGUGCUACCAGUACAGCAUCCAGUGUGACACUGGAGUCAUGAAGGAACAUUCAAGGAAUAGCAGAUAAAGUUAUCUUCUAAACAGGAGCACGGUGUCAUCCAGUCCCUGAAGGACUAAUGACAUGAUGCAGUCAGCCAGCUCAGAUGAAAUCCAGCAGCCCAUCUACGAAGACCCGGACGCUUUACUGCCUGAUGACACACAUGAAGCUCAACCAGAAAUUAAAGUCAAGCCUGCACCAGCACCCAGGUUGAAAUUAUAUCAACAAACCAAUAACACCAGUAACAAAGCUGAGUCCUCCAAUGCGGCUGGAAGCAUAGCAACUACAGCAACUUCCAGUGAAUCCCCUGCGGGCUAUAAGAGGCCUCAGCCUGCUCGUCCUGCUCCCAAACCACCAACCGAUACUAAAAAACAUGCUGAAAAAGCAGCAAUCGAAGAAAGUGGUCAAACUUCAAAUGCUCAUUCACCCGUGAUGACUCCAGAUCUACACAUUGAACAGGCUCCUCCUCCCCCUCCUCGACCUCAUCGUGUUUCAGCUUCCCACAGCAGUUAUGGCCAGACGUGUUCACCAGCGAGUCAAAGAUACGAGAACACAUCGGAUCAUCAAUCCAGGUCUUCCUCUGCAGGCUCCACACAUCUACCUCCUGUUUUGCCAGCUCUUUCUCAAGAAUCACCGAGCACUCCAGAUCUACACAUUGAACAGGCUCCUCCUCCCCCUCCUCGGCCUCAUCGUGUUUCAGCUUCCCACAGCAGUUAUGGUUCAUCAGCGAGUCAAAGAUACGAGAACACAUCAGAUCAUCAAUCCAGGUCUUCCUCUGCAGGCUCCACACAUCUACCUCCUGUUUUGCCAGCUCUUUCUCAAGAAUCACCGAGCACUCCAGAUCUACACAUUGAACAGGCUCCUCCUCCCCCUCCUCGGCCUCAUCGUGUUUCAGCUUCCCACAGCAGUUAUGGUUCAUCAGCGAGUCAAAGAUACGAGAACACAUCAGAUCAUCAAUCCAGGUCUUCCUCUGCAGGCUCCACACAUCUACCUCCUGUUUUGCCAGCUCUUUCUCAAGAAUCACCGAGCGAAUCCCCCAGCAACACGAUCUCGGGGAGAAACUCUUCGCCUUCACGGCCUCCAGAUCGGCAUAUUAAACAGCCUCCUCCUCCCCCUCCUCGGCCUCAUCGUUUUUCAAGUCCCCCCCAAUAUUAUGAAACACAGUCUUCAGCGAGUCAGAAAUACAAGAACAAGCCAGAAUGUCAGUCCCCACCUUCCUCUGCUGGCUCCACGCGUCUAACUCCUGUCUCACAGGCUCCUCAAGGAUCACUGAACGUCACUGGAAACAACUACAGUACACGGAACAGACCACCACAGCUUCCAGUGAACCCACCAUCAUCGCAUUCAGUGUCUGGAGGAUCAGUGCACUCUGAGACACCUCAGUACCUCGAGAUCCUUCAGGAUGAUUCAGAUGAGACGGACCUCAACGGGCUAUUGACCUGGUUUAACAGAAUGAUAACGUCCUCUGAUUCGACUUUGUCACUUUAUGGUGUCAGCAAAGAGGAUGAAAUGAGCUCAAUCAGUCAGAGAUCCAUGAAUGUUGCAAAGGCUUGGCGUCUCUACAACCUUCUAAUGAGUAAACGAAAAGAAGACCUGCAGAAGAUCAUCACAGAUUUCAAAUCCAUCUGUGAGAAGCUGAGCAAGAUCAAGAAGAACAACAAAAACAUGGGUAUUGCCGGAGGGACCACGGCUUCUGUGGGAGGGGUAGCUGCAGUGGUGGGGAUCGUCCUAGCUCCGGUGACCAUGGGUGCAUCGCUGAUUGCGACGGCUGUCGGCGCUGGCAUGAUUGCAUCUGCUGGAGGUAUGGGCGCUCACGCCGCUAUAGUCAGCAAGAAGACGGUGACGAGGACGGCAGUUGAGAAGCUGGUAAAUGACUACAUGGAAGGUGUCGCUGAUCUGGAACGCUGUCUAGAUUAUAUUAUCUUCACAGUGAUGGAGCUGCGAAGGCACGGCAUUGCUAGGUUAGAGAGUGCAGGCGCUCAUCUGGAUGCAGUGAGGAUGGCAUACAUAUUAUGUAAUGGCAACAGCAAAACAGACAUUCAUUUGGGGAGAGCUGCACAACCAGGUGGGAUGUCAUCUGAGAAAUUACUUCAAGCUUUUACCAAGGAAAUGGAUCUUUAUUUUACAGAAAAGAAUGGUCAGAAGCUGAAGAAGUCAAAUAAGAGCAUUUUUUCGGGUAAAGUUUGCCUGCUGGCUGACGGUCUACAGGAAGGACUCGAUUAUCUGAUUGACAUGUGGAAAAAGUUAUCUUGAAUCAAAGAACACUGUGUUUGUCUGUUCGUGUGUGUGUGUUUGUGUGUGUGUGUGACAGAGAUGUGAAGUGUGUUUGACUUGACAUCUUUUUGAUUGAUUGAUUGAAGUUCCUGUACAUUUAUGUCACUGUAUAACUGUAAAAGCUCAUGUUGGAGUCACUACUGAAGUCCUGAUAACAAUUAUGAUUAAAUUAUAAUAAUUAACAAAAGUUAAUUUUGUAUGCAUUUAAACGUGUGGUACCAAUAAACAGUACUGUAUGAUAUGCAAAGUUGAGUAUCAGUAAUUACUUUUUAUUUUUUAGGACACGAGUCAGUGACAGUGGCUGGAGUGCAGAAUACAAACAAUGGCAGAAAUCAUAAGGAUAUGCUGCAGAAGGACAUCACACUCCUUACUUUAGCUUUAGCUUCACAACAUACACCUUGUUUUCUUCUCCUCGAUACACCUGUGUCAUGGUAUAACUGGAAAAAAAUGACUGUUUGACU